AUGGAAAAGGUGAUGCUGGCGGCUGCCUCUGCAGACUCCAACUCCAGCACCAUGAACGUGUCCCUUGCUCACCUCCACUUCGCCGGAGGGUACCUGCCCUCUGACUCCAAGGACUGGAGGACCAUAAUCCCUGCUUUCUUGGUGGCUGUCUGCUUGGUGGGCUUCGUGGGGAACCUGUGUGUGAUUGGCAUCCUACUUCACAGUGCUUGGAAAGGAAAGCUAUCCCUGAUCCACUCCCUGAUUCUGAAUCUCAGCCUGGCUGAUCUCUCUCUCCUGCUGUUUUCUGCACCUGUCCGAGCUACAGCAUACUCCAAAGGUGUAUGGGAUCUAGGCUGGUUUGUCUGCAAGUCCUCUGACUGGUUCAUCCACACGUGCAUGGCAGCCAAGAGCCUGACAAUUGUUGCAGUGGCCAAAGUAUGCUUCAUGUAUGCAAAGGACCCAGCCAAGCAAGGAAGUGUCCACAGCUGCACCAUCUGGUCAGUGCUGGUGGCCAUCUGGGCUGUGGCUAGCCUGCUACCCCUGCCGGAAUGGUUCUUCAGCACCACCAGGCUUCACGCAGGUGUGGAAAUGUGCCUCAUGGACGUACCCGCCGUGGCCGAAAAGUUCAUGUCAAUGUUUGGUAAGCUCUACCCUCUCUUGGUAUUUUGCCUUCCAUUACUCUUUGCUAGCUUUUAUUUCUGGAGAGCUUAUGGCCAAUGUCAAAAGCGAGGAACUAAGACUCAGAAUCUUAGAAAGCAGAUGCGCUCAAAGCGACUCACAGUGACGUUGCUAAGCAUCGGCGUCACCUCUGCUCUUCUGUGGCUCCCUGAAUGGAUAGCGUGGCUGUGGAUAUGGCAUCUGAAGGCUGGAGGCCGGGCCCCACCACAGGGUUUUCUAGCCCUCUCGCAAGUCCUAAUGUUUUCCAUCUCUUCGGCAAAUCCUCUCAUUUUUCUAGUGAUGUCAGAAGAGUUCAAGGAAGGCCUGAAAGGUGUAUGGAAAUGGAUGAUAACCAAACGACAUCCAGCUGCCUCGGAGUCUCAGGAAGCACCAGCUGGUAACUUAGAGGUCCUUUCUGAGAACAUUCCCUCUCCAGGGUCCCUAACAUCCAUGCCAGAGAAAGAGAAAACUGGCUCUCCCUCCUCCAGCCAAGAGAAAACGGAGAAGGCAGAGAUCCCCAUCCUCCCUGAUGUCGAGCAGUUUUGGCACGAGAGGGACACAGUCCUUUGUGUACAAGACAAUGACCCUACCCCCUGGGAACAUGAAGAUCGGGAGACAGGAGAGUGUGAGAAAUGAUUAAGCUUCAAAGCAAAACAAAUUGUGAUGAUUGUAUUUACUUGUACUGCUGCUUACUGAUAUUGCUGACUAUACUAUAUAUGACAUGGUAAGAAUUAUUACCAUUAGGAAUGACAAAAAUGCUUCAGCCUGCAUUUCCAAAAUGUGCAGUUCGUAGAACACCAUGUUAGGAGCAAUAAUUGUUUCAGAAUUGUAACUUGGCUGUCGAUAGAAUUGUACAAGUGACUAGGAAGCCCAGCUAUUUUGUCUCUUGUUCGCAAUGGCUGUUUUACUGACCACUCUUUAGGAGCAGCUCUGUACUGGCUGGGGUAGAGCUUAUCUGUCAAAAGUCUUUACCUUAGUUUCUUUCUGAACCUGCUAGCCCUAAAUUAACCUGUCAAGCUUUAUUUCACAUUAACCAAAGCUCACAAUCUACAUCCAGUUAAGAGA